CUAUUUUAGAAAUUAGGAGGAGUGCACGCUGAAAAUCUAAAUAGGGGACAAAACAAAAUCAAAUCUUUCACUUACUGUAGGUGUCGGAACGCUUCCCUAACCAGAGAAAACAAAACAAACCGAUUACUCUCGAGAGUUUUCCAGAGAGAAAAACUAUUCUAAGAUGAGCCGCCAUCCUUCUGUCAAAUGGGCUCAGAGGUCCGAUGUACUCUACUUAACAGUUGAGUUGCCUGAUGCCCAGGAUGUUAAGCUCAAACUGGAGCCAGAAGGAAAAUUUCACUUUUCUGCAACUGCUGGUUCAGAGAAGAUUCCUUAUGAAGUUGACAUUGAGCUGUUUGAUGCGAUUGAUGUAAAUAAUAGCAAAGCUAGUGUGGGUUCAAGAAACAUUUGCUACUUGGUAAAAAAGGCUGAGAACAAGUGGUGGGAGAGAUUGUUGAAGCAGGGAGGGAAAUCUCCAGUAUUCCUGAAAGUUGAUUGGGAUAAAUGGGUAGAUGAAGAUGAGGAGCCAGAAAAUCAACCUGCAUCUGACAUGGACUUCGGAGACAUUGAUUUUUCUAAGCUGAACAUGGGAGGGGGUGAAGGCUUGGAUUUUGAUGCUGCAGGCGAUGAUGAUGAUGAUGAGAGUGACACAGAAGAGGAGGAUGCAGCAGAAGCAUCUACCAGUAAGGUACCAGACACAAAGGAUGUUGUAAGCGCCCAUCCAAAGGAUGCACCUGAUUCUAAAGCUUAAACAAUUUGACACUCGUGAACCCUAACAUGGCUUCUCCUAUGUAAAGGACAAGGCAAGCAUUCGUGAAAGGUUGCUUACUGAAAACCUUGGCAGGGUUAACUAAUGGUUCUGUUCUGGCAUGUUAACUUAUUUUCAGCGUUUUGACCCAGGAGUUUUUAACAAGCUAGACAUAUAUGCGUUACCAUACAUAAUAUUGUUUGAGAAUGGAAAAUGUUAUGUAUAUGUUUCGCUUAGAGUGCAGUGGACAAUGAGCUCAUUACUUUUCAGUGAAA